UGAUGUAGUUAGUUUUUAGCAAAACACCAAAAGACCCGCCAUAAUGCUGGCAAUCUGUUCCUCUCUUAGAGCCUCUCCUGUUCCUCACAACAACCCAUCUCUGCCUCCAUCAACGCCGUCCAUCAACAAUCACCAAAACUCAAUCUUGCCCAUCAACCGCCGAAAUCUCAUCUCUGCUUUUCUCACUCUCUCCUCCACAACCCACUUCGUGGAUUUUGGUCUUCAAUCAAUAUUCUCACAGAAAGCUUUUGCUCGUGGCCUAUUUCAGAUGCCCCCGGUUCGCCUCACCAACCGGUACUUUCUGGUGAGGGCUGGGGAGUCUGAAUUUGAGAGCUUGGGGAUAAUAAACACGAACCCGGUGGCGAAAACAUCGGUUGAUAGCGGCUUGUCGGAGAGAGGGAAGAAGCAGACAGUGAAGGCAGCUUUUGAGUUGAAGGAAAUGGGGGCUUGUGAAAAGGGCUGUUGGAUUUGGCCUUCCAUCACUCAGAGGGCUUACCAGGCUGCAGAGAUCAUUGCAUCAUUUAAUGGGAUUGGUCGAAGCUAUAUUGUCCCAGAGUAUAGCUUUCUGGAUGCCCGUGGAUUGGGAGCUUAUGAAGGAAAGAGUUUGGAUUCAGUUUCAGAAGUAUAUGCAUCAGAUAGUAUUUCUCCAACCACAAAGCCUCCUCCUAUUGACGACGGAACCCCGAAUGAGAGUGUUGCAGAUGUGUUUGUACGCGUGACACAGCUCAUGUCGAUCCUCGAGACUCAAUACUCCGGUGACACCGUGAUCAUUGUCUCACCAGAUUCCGACAAUUUGACGGUCCUCCAAGCCGGUUUAUUAGGCCUCGAUCUGCGACGGCACAGAGAACUUUCUUUUGCACCAGGGGAAGUCAGAUUUGUUGACCCAAGUAGCAUACCUACUUACAAGCAACCUGCAUCUGCUGUAUAUAAAUGUCUAAAUCCACCAAGCUGUAACUAAAAUGAUUUUCUUUUAUUUAGUUGAUAUUAAAGCUUCUGCAAAUCAUGUACCAUAUCAUUAGCUCAAAUUUGUUAUCAUUUUAUUUUAUGAGAAGAGAAAAACUUUUACGCUUGUAAUAUUUUAUGGUUGUAAC